AUUAAUAAGCAGGGUGAUGUGGGGAAGACGAUAAAGUUCCCGGCGGCUGAGCCCGGGAGGAGGGGCUCCGGGAACACAGAAGCUGUGAGAAAGUACAGGCAGAAGAAGAAGGCAUACGCGGCUUACUUGGAGGAGGAAGUGAGAAAGCUGAGGCUUCUGAACUGGCAGCUUGCGGAAAAACUGCAGCGGCUGGAAGUGGUGGAAUCGGAAAUCGUGAGGCUCAGAGGCCUGUUGCUGGAUCUGGGAGGAGAGAUAGACGAGGAGUUGGCUGGGUGGGCAGAGGUGGAUCGGGGGGAGCGCUCGACUGGGCUUCAGCCCUCCCCUAGAUCCAUUUGAACAUUUGAUUUCCUUAACAACUUGCCAUUGAGUGACCUAAUUUCCUUUAACAUUUGAUUUUCAGAUCUAUAUAGAUUAAUUUUUUUUUAAUUUUUGAAUUAUCAGUUCAUGUUUCUCAAGCCCAAGCCCUAAUACAAAUAUACUGUUCAAA